UGACCUCUGUUCCUUUAAACCGGUUAAUUCAUUGGCCGACAGUAAUUUUUUCCACAUUGAUAACGGUAUUGAUGCGACUUCUGUCGUCUCUGGCCACCACCGCAGUUUUCUGGAGAUAAAAUGGCCUUAUUAACGCCUCUGUUAGCGUUUCUGUAUCAUUUGCCACAGGUGUACAAAUGGCUACUAAAACCGUACUACAUUGCCUCAUUAUUUAUGUGUGUCGCGUUCUUGUUUAUUCGCAAGACACCUGGGAUAUGUGAGCAUCUCUCGACGCAACGGGAGGAUGGAAAUUCGUGCGAUUUUGAUUGGAGAGAGGUAGAGAUCCUGAUGUUCCUGAGUGCUAUAGUCAUGAUGAAGAACAGAAGAGCGAUAACUGUUGAGCAACAUGUUGGGAACAUCAUCCUCUUUUGUAAAGUGGCCAAUGUGAUUCUGUUCUUCAGACUGGACAUACGUUUGGGGCUUCUCUACUUGACCCUGUGCAUUGUUUUCCUGAUGACCUGCAAACCUCCACUCUACAUGGGCCCAGAGUACAUCAAGUACUUCAAUGAUAAAACCAUUGAUGAAGAAUUGGAAAAGGACCACAGAGUGACUUGGAUUGUGGAGUUUUUUGCUAACUGGUCACCAGAGUGUCAGUCUUUCGCUUCAGUCUAUGCCGAUCUGUCCUUGAAGUACAACUGCGCAGGACUGAAAUUUGGCAAAGUGGACAUUGGCCGUUACAGCGAAGUGUCUAAGAAGUAUAAAGUGAGCACAUCUCCUCUCUCAAAGCAGCUGCCCUCUCUGGUGCUCUUCCAGGGGGGAAAGGAGGUUAUGAGGCGCCCUCAGGUGGACAAGAAGGGAAGGGCGGUGUCUUGGACCUUCACAGAGGAAAACAUUAUCCGAGAGUUUAACCUCAAUGAGCUGUAUCAGAAAUCUAAGAAGCUUGGUAAGACCAAAGGAGAGAAGAAUGAGAGGCCCAGUGAAUCACAGUUUGCUCCUGUGCCUGAAGAGGAGGAAUACGAGGCCGAGACGAUCAACGCAAUGGACACAGAGAGCAAGAAGGACAAAUAGACUCUGCAUGCUGCUGAAGAGCACUGGGACAGGACUCUAUUUUGAUAAUGUUCAAAGUGCAGAGAGAAAGUUUGAUGUUCCAGCCAAACAAACAGAAUGAUUGUGACUUUAUUUUUUUAUAUAACAUAAUGUAUAGAACUUAAUUUAAUUGCAAAUAUAGUAAAUCUUACAUACAUUAAAAUUGCAUAUAAUAACACUGGAAAAAGUAUACUUGCAUGUCCGAAAAACCAUCAUUUAGAAGUUAAACGGCACUGAUGAUUCGAUCUGUCAUCUGUGUUGCUAUUUUAAUCACAUUAAAUAUAAUACAAAAUUUGACACCUCCUACCUCCUAAUAUGGUAGAUAAUUGUGAAGUAAUCUUUAGUAAGGGGUUAUUUUGUGUUGCAAAUGCAUCACUACUGUGGAACAAACUUUAAACCAAUUCCUUUCCUACUGCACUUUUAAUUCAUUUUUUACUCCUAGUUUUCAUUUUCUGUUUGUCUUCUACUAAUUUUCCAAGACAUAUCUUGACUUGUAUUAUGGUACUGAAUAUACACUGGUUUCAGUGAUACAAAGAGGCACAGUCUUUCAGUGUAUGCCAACAAUUCAUGUUGGGAAAAGAUUUCACAGUAUACAAGUUAUUGAUAUUGACACUGUCCUUAUGUUUCAAAACUACAAAAAUGUAUCUGUUUUUUACAUCUUACUUUAAGACCUAGUUACACAUUUCUUUUCAGACUGAAUACUGCUGUAAAAGUCUUAAAUAUUUGUUUUGUAUAUUCAGUGUUUCACUUAAAUUUCCUUUGUGCUGAAUGAUUAAUACCUUUUUUGACAUUUCAUGUUCAUUUGAAACUGACAGGAACAGAAGAAAGCUGCAGGCAGUCUUAAAAUUUGAAACUUCUUGAUCCAUUGCUGUCACUGUUGGAAGCUAUUAUUGUCAGUGUCAAUUACAUGUAAAAGUAGAAUCUUGUCACUAAUUUCCAAAAAGAUAAAAAAAAAAGAGCAAUGUUGUUUUGUGACCUGUGAAGUAAACAACUCUUGAAUUUCCCUAAA